AUGAGUCAGCGAGCUCAAGUAAACUGUGGGGCUGCAGUGAAGAAGAAGAGAAAGAAGAGCCUCGUUAAACUGAGUUCAGUUUUAGAAGACGAACAAGUGACAGUGGCUGCGACGCGAGCGUGGAGCCAGAAAACCAACUAUUCCCACGGAGAUCUUGAGUUGUCUUGCCAUCCUUUCCCACAUUGCAUUAUACACAAUUUUAUUUGUGAAGAGGGUUUUGUAGAUAACCUGGAGAAAGAACUGCUGAGACUCAACUUUAAAGAGAAAUCGAACGACUUAUACAAAUUCAAACAGUCAGACGACUUGCAAAAGAAAAAUGAACCACACAUCAAAGGCGUAAGGUCUGUGAUGUUUCAGCAAUUUCGUCCAUGGCUGCAGACUGUGAUGGGGGUUGAACUUGACAGUACAGUCGACAUUUCUUGUGCUAAAUAUGAGCACACUGAUGUUCUCCUUUGUCAUGAUGAUGAGUUGGAAAGCAGACGUGUUGCUUUUAUUCUGUAUCUUGUUCCUCAUUGGGUCAGUAGUGACGGGGGGAACCUUGAUCUUUACAAAACCGAUUGUAAUUUCCAACCAUUGGAGAUCAGUAAGACAAUUGUGCCUUCUCGAAACACAAUUGUAAUUUUUGAAGUUUCUCCAAUUUCUUUUCAUCAAGUCUCUGAAGUUUUAUCUAGAGACAAAUGUCGUCUUUCACUCAGUGGAUGGUUUCAUGGACUGUCUUUAGAACGACCACCACGCUAUAUUGAACCGCCUGUGAUGAGAAAUCCUCAUCUACCAAGAGAUGAGUCUCUUCUCAUAGAGUGGGUGAAUCCUGUCUACCUGGAUAUUUCUUAUCAGGAGCAUAUUCAGGGUGAGUUUGAGGAAAGCUCAGAGAUUCAACUAAAAGACUUUCUAAAGGAAGAAAAAUUUAUACUAGUAAAUGCAGCUCUGCAAAACCAUCAGAUUCAGUGGAUAAAGAAGGGGCCGGCCAACAAAAGGUUCUAUGAAGUGGCUUCACUUGAUGAUUUACCAGAUGAUGAUGAUGAUGAUGAUAAUAAUGAUGACCAGAAACAAAAGGCUAAAGCAAACGCAAAAAAUGAAGCAGGCACCUCUUCUGGAGAAAUGGCAGAAAAUGAAAAUAAAACAAAAGUGGAAAGCACACCAAAGUGUAGUGGGGAGCUUCGCCGAUGGAGUCACGGCAGCUAUACUUUACUACAUGAUGGUGAAGCUGCACAAGCGGAGUUUGCUCUGGACCUGAUUUUGCCUUUCAGGUGUGCUGACUGGAACACUGAGUUUGGGGGCUACACAUGUUAUGUUGCCAAUGAGGAGGACGAAGAACUGUUGACUGUGUACCCAGAAGAUAAUUCACUUGCACUGGUCUACAGAGACAAAGAAACGCUCAAGUUUGUUAAACAUGAUCACGCUCUUUACUUACGACAGCCAAUCAGCGCUGUGGAGGCUGUGACGUGCCAGUGGGUGUGGUACAUUUGGAGGAAGACGGUCGAGAGCAAAGUUUACGUUGAAAGAAUGGCAGACAAAACAUGGACCGGAUGUGCUGUGCUGUUUUUGCAGUCACUUUGCCCUGGUGUGAACCUGCUUUCACGCUACAAAGACAAUAAAGGAAAGUUUAUUGUCUUUAAAGUCAUCAAGCUAACACUUUCAGAUUCUGCAGGUGGUCUGGAGGGUUAUGAAAUAUUAAAAGUCCAUGAUGCUGACCCUUACCUCGGCGUAGAGAUAAAGUUUUUGGAUGUGUCCGCGUGUCAGCAAUUUCUAGAGAGUUACAGCUCAGGAACCAUGCAGCAGUCCCUUUCUCAACACGGCUGCCGGCUGCUCGCUCUGCCUCAGGAAAUCACAGUGCAAACCCAGCUCAAAGCUAGCACACAUACUCUGGAUCCUUAUCUAGACCAAAUGGAGCUUUGCCUGCAACAAAUCCAUCUCUCCCAGCCAGAGCGACUUUGUGAUGAAGAAAUUGAACAUUUGGAGCAGCAGCUACAAAAUCAGGCUUUCAGUCACACUCAGCAGCCUUUGCCCCACACACAAGAAGAGUCUGUGCCCAUCAAUGCCUUCAAGUUUCAAAAUAGAGAUUUUAAGGAUCGAAUGCUGACACAAGCAGACGUUCAGUGUUUUUCAAACGGAGUGGGACGUCAGUGGAAAUUUGUUGGCCGAGCUUUAGGAAAGAGUUGCAGAGCUCUAAAAGGUCCUGCCAUAGACAAUCUAGCCUAUGAAUAUGAGCGUGGGGGGCUGUAUGAACAAGCCUAUCAACUGAUGAACCGCUUCAUGCAAGCAGAGGGGAGGGAGGCCAAACUGAGCCGGCUCGUCAGAGCUCUGGAGGACUGCAAACUCAUGAGUUUGGCUGAAACUAUCCUGGACCUUCAGCCUUGA